GGCCGGGUCGGGCCGUGCUCGGGGACGCGCUCGGGGCCGCGCCAGGCCACGGCCAGCGCGCCGCAGCGCCGGCGGCCGAGUGGAGCCCGGGCGGCCUCGCGGUCCGACCCUGGGCGCGGCGUGCGGAGCGGAGCGGCCCGCGGCCGAGGUCUGUCAUUUCAAACUAGGAAGCUGAAGAAGAAAGCCCAUGAUGGAACGUGACAGGACACCGUAGAGCUCAGGGUGAGGAUGGGGUCCUCCCAUCUGUCCCUGCUGCCAUCGACGAUUCAGAAUUGUGUUGGACUUACUUCGCACGAGCGUGCACACGUGGGUCAUAGGCGUGUUUCAAGAACUGGGCUUUGAGCAAGCGUAUGGCGCCCUGGGAAGGUGUGGGACCUGAAAUCCUGGCUCGCCUGUCCGCCAAGUGCCAAGAAACCCACCACGUCCAGGCUUUUGAACUCGUGAGAGUGAAGUCUCUCCAGCUGGGCAUGGCGAGCUUAGGGAGUGACUGAAGGAGACGUGCUGAGUGCGCCCAUGCUCUCGGGGUCACUCAGCCCUGCCUGCACCCAGGGAAGCUCUGCCCAGGGUCCGAGCAAACAGACACUAAACAAAUCUAAAGACAGAAGCCAUCUCCGCCAGUCAAGAAGCCCUCAGAAGUCCUUGGCCAUGGAUACAGAAGAUGAAGAAAACAUGAGUUCGAGCAGCACAGAUGUUAAGGAAAGCUGCAGUCUGGACAGCGUGCCCCCCAAGGACGGCAGUGCCCCCGGGCCUGGCGAGGGCGCCCCGCUCUCCAACGGGGGUGGCGGUGGUGCCAGCCGGAAGCGGCCCCUGGAGGAGGGCAGCAACGGCCACGCCAAGUUCCGCCUGAAGAAGAGGCGGCGGCCGCCCGGGCCCGCGCUGCCGAAGAACGCCCUGAUGCAGCUGAACGAGAUCAAGCCUGGCCUGCAGUAUGCACUGCUGUCCCAGACGGGGCCGGUGCAUGCGCCCCUGUUCGUCAUGUCCGUUGAAGUUAACGGGCAGGUGUUCGAGGGCUCCGGCCCCACCAAGAAGAAGGCCAAGCUGCACGCCGCCGAGAAGGCCCUACGGUCUUUCGUGCAGUUCCCCAACGCCUCCGAGGCGCAUCUGGCCAUGGGGAGGACCCUGUCCGCCAACACGGACUUCACGUCCGACCAGGCUGACUUCCCCGACACGCUCUUCAAUGGCUUCGAGACCCCAGACAGGUCGGAAAUACCCUUCUACCUGGGCUCCAAUGGGGAUGACUCCUUCAGCUCCAGCGGGGACCUCAGCUUGGCGGCGUCCCCGGCACCCGCGAGCCUUGCGCAGCCUCCUCUCCCCGGCCCUCCACCGUUCCCACCACCGAGCGGGAAGAACCCCGUGAUGAUCCUGAAUGAGCUGCGGCCGGGGCUCAAGUACGACUUCUUGUCGGAGAGCGGGGAGAGCCAUGCCAAGAGCUUCGUCAUGUCUGUGGUGGUGGAUGGCCAGUUCUUCGAGGGCUCGGGCAGGAACAAAAAGCUCGCCAAGGCCCGGGCUGCGCAGUCCGCACUGGCAACCAUUUUUAAUUUGCACUUGGAUCAAACACCGUCUCGCCAGCCCAUCCCCAGCGAGGGCCUUCAGUUACAUUUACCACAGGUGUUAGCUGAUGCUGUGGCCCGCCUGGUGCUGGAUAAGUUUGGCGAUCUGACGGACAACUUCUCCUCUCCUCACGCACGCAGGAAAGUUCUUGCUGGCAUCGUCAUGACAACAGGCACAGAUGUGAAAGACGCCAAGGUGAUCAGUAUUUCCACGGGGACAAAGUGCAUCAAUGGCGAGUACAUGAGUGACCGUGGCCUUGCAUUAAAUGACUGCCAUGCAGAAAUUAUAGCUCGGAGAUCCUUGCUUAGAUUUCUUUAUACACAACUUGAGCUUUACUUAAAUAACAAAGACGAUCAAAAACGGUCCAUCUUUCAGAAGUCCGAGCGGGGAGGGUUUAAGCUGAAGGAGAGUGUUCAGUUCCAUCUGUACAUCAGCACGUCUCCCUGUGGGGACGCCAGGAUCUUCUCACCGCACGAGCCGAUCCUGGAAGAACCAGCGGACAGACAUCCGAACCGCAAAGCCAGAGGACAGCUGCGGACAAAAAUAGAGUCUGGAGAAGGCACAAUCCCCGUGCGAUCCAAUGCCAGCCUCCAGACGUGGGACGGGGUGCUGCAGGGUGAGAGGCUGCUCACCAUGUCCUGCAGUGACAAGAUGGCGCGGUGGAACGUGGUGGGCGUGCAGGGGUCCCUGCUCAGCAUCUUCGUGGAGCCAAUCUACUUCUCGAGCAUCAUCCUGGGCAGCCUCUACCAUGGCGACCACCUCUCCAGGGCCAUGUACCAGCGGAUCUCCAACAUAGAAGACCUGCCCCCGCUGUACAUGCUCAACAAGCCUCUGCUCAGCGGCAUCAGCAACGCGGAAGCACGGCAGCCGGGGAAGGCACCCAACUUCAGCGUCAACUGGACGGUGGGUGACGCGGCCAUCGAGGUCAUCAACGCCACGACAGGGAAGGACGAGCUGGGCCGUGCGUCCCGCCUGUGUAAGCACGCCUUGUACUGUCGCUGGAUGCGUGUGCACGGCAAGGUUCCCUCCAACUUACUACGUUCCAAGAUCACUAAACCCAACAUGUACCAUGAAUCGAAACUGGUAGCAAAGGAGUACCAGGCCGCCAAGGCGUGUCUGUUCAAAGCGUUCAUCAAGGCAGGGCUGGGCGCCUGGGUGGAGAAGCCCACGGAGCAGGAUCAGUUCUCGCUCACACCCUGACCGGGGGCGUGGCGCGGAGGCUGUCCGCGUCCAGCGCGGUCUCCGGAGCCUCACGUCUGAACUGGGGGCAGGGGUGGGGACGCGGGGUGCUGGGCGUCCGGCGCAGUCUGCGGAGCCUCACGUCUCAGCUGGGGGCAGGGGUGGGGACGCGGGGUGCAGGGCGUCCGGCGCAGUCUGCGGAGCCUCACGUCUCAGCUGGGGGCAGGGGUGGGGACGCGGGGUGCAGGGCGUCCGGCGCAGUCUGCGGAGCCUCACGUCUCAGCUGGGGGCAGGGGUGGGGACGCGGGGUGCAGGGCGUCCGGCGCAGUCUGCGGAGCCUCACGUCUCAGCUGGGGGCAGGGGUGCACUUUGGGGAGGGCAGGGAGGGCAUGGGGUCCAGCAUCACCACCCAGUGUCCCUCUGCAGCAGCGUUACCCCUUGGAAUUACCCAGUGACUGCUUUCUAUCUCUGUUUACGUUUAGAAAUUGAGUUCUACUGAGUAGGGCUUCCUUAAGUUUAGGGAAAUAGAAAUUACUUUGUGUGAAAUUUUUGAAUAAAUAAUUUAUUCAGCGUUAGGAACGUGGUUUAUAAAGUAAUUAUAUCAAGUCACUCUUAGGCCACGUUAUUUUAAUGCAGAAGAGCACUUAUCUGUAGAGAAGGUGAGAAAGUUGAGGUGGGAAGAAGCCUGAAGUCACAGCUGUGCUGCAGGUGUGUCCCCCGGGCCGGCUGGCCUCCCUCAGCGGGUCCUCACAGCCCCGGGGGGAGACCCCACAGGAGGGGCGCGGCCCUGCACUCGCACGCAUCCCCCCAAGUCCCCGGUGCAGUGACGGUGUGCGUCCGUGAGGGCACGGCCCAGAUCUCUGCAGCCUUCAGCCCUGCCUGGAAGCUUCUUCACUCCUCCUGGAAUCACAUCAUGGAACACGCGUGUUGGUUCACGUCUCAGUAAUCAGAGAUAAAACACGGGCAGUGAUCCUGGCCAUUCAUUUGAGGUUUUCUACAGUAUUUAUCUUUUAGGGACUAGGAGGAAUCUGUAGGGGCUACUGCACAAGAGUCAGCCUACAACUCCCUGUCUUCCUUGCUCUGAAUCUCAUGGAUGUGGAUGACUCUCCAGACAUCUUCACAGGAAGGAAAUAGAAUUAAUUAAGUAGAUAGACUCGUUCUUAGAAAAUGCCACUAAGGCAUAGUUUUAAAUUAUUCUUUCCAGCUUUAUCAAAGACACGUUUGAAAGUCAGUAUUCAGGCUGGAAGCUGGUGAGGCAGUGUGCCGCGGGCCUCGUGCCCACCAGGGUCUGGACGUUGAUUGUCACGGCAGGGAAGGGGUGCUGCUGGUGCGCGGGGUGGCCCAGGGGUGCUGCUCCACACCCCAUGGCCCCCGGGGUGGUCCCGGGCUGAGCCAGCAGACGGUCCGGAGUGUGGGCAAGGGUCCCGGGGGGCACCCAGACCUGAGCUCAGAGAUUUGCACCGAUUGCCUUGUUGCUUCCACUCAGGAUCAGACAGGAGCUCGAGGAAGUGCUUCCUCCCCCGGCUGGUUCAGGGCUGUCUUCAUGGAAGGGGGGGGUCUUGUGGUGGCUGUAGGCAGUCGGGAGACCCUGCCCCACCUGACGGACUCUGAAAACGCAGAACAGGAGCAGAGCCUCGGCUGUCACCUGGCCCGGACCCCACGUGCAGGAGCAGGAGGCUCAGACCAGAAGCGCUGUGUCCCCCCUCCCCCGCUCCAGCAGCGGUUACUUGGGGCGCAGGGGCAGGGGGCGGGGCCGGCUGCAGGGACCCCGGUAGGUAGAGCUCAGGCAGGCCCCCCGUUGUGCGGAGGGGUGUGGUUUGGCUCAAUGGGCUGCCGCCUUCUUUCCGCCUGAAGCAGGAAGGGUGUCAGCUGGUGUCGCCGCCCUCCCCAAGCAGGUGCUCCCACACACACAACAUCUGUGAGCCCCUGUGUUUUUAUUCUCUCGAUAAAUGGUAUUUUUUCUAAUGGGGAUUGGGAGAUGGACUUAGUUUUUAAAAAAAAUAUGUGGAUUUUGAUUAAAAGUUGAGUGGGAAUAUAUUGCGUAUACACACACUACCCAGUAUGUCUGACUUCCUCCCUCUGUCGGCUAACAAGGGAGGUGAGCACCACCUCCCCCCCAAGUGAGGACAGCUGUCCUGUGCGCCGGUCCCCAGCGGACCCCGAGCUGUGCAGGCGCAGGACGGGCCCGCGAGUGUCCAGGCCCCGCAGGUGGGUCAGGAGCGAGCCCCGUCCACCUGUGGGGCCCGCACAGCUCCCAGGACGGACCCCUGCAGCAGAACAGAGACAGAAACGUGACCUCCAGGAGACGGGUCAGGACACUCAGCACUUGAAACGGUCCCUUCUGAGGCUCUGUGCACCGCACCCCAUUUCCCCCAGGCGUUACUUUGCAUACAGUGCCCUUAAUCAGGAUUGUAGAGACUUAGAAAAUUUGACACAACCAAGAACUUGAUUUUUUGAGAAAAAUCUUCAAUUUUGAGGACAUUUUGACCAUUGGGGGUUGGGAGGGUUCCCUUCUGUUUUGCUCGCUAAACCUAUUAAUUCCACGAAGACACCGGCUGGCGGGCAUCUCUCCCACUAGUGGAAGGCCUGAGUCACAGGGGUGCCUCCGCCGGGGUCAGGGGCUCCGCCCGGUACCGGGCGUCCCCUCUUCCCAGGCCAGGGAUGCCACGGGGCGCAAUUCUGAUUCUGAAUCAGAGUUUGAUUGACUCAUUUAAUCAGAAACAGUUAUUUUAUUUUAAAAUGUGCAACAUCUCACCAGCCAUUCAUUUCUCUGGAAUGUAUUUUUAUUCACAUGAUUUCCCUGAUACCCAGACGACAGAAUCACUGCUUUCUUUGGAAAGACAGUGUUUCUUGUAAUUUCACAUAGUGACGCUGGGGAGGGGGCAGCUCUCAGGCUCCACGAGGGGGGCAGACCUGAGGGUGGGGUCAGUGAAUACUGCGGCGGAGGACUGCACGCCCCGCCCCUUUUUAUCAAAACACAAAACCAAAUCAGACAGGUCUUUAUUUCUGAAACAUUCUACACUAAAAUGUAGGGUCUACCCCGACCGUCAAUUUGAUGUAGCAAGAGAAAAUCAGCUGGCUUUCCUGUCUCUCAAAUCUAUGAAAUUAGAGAACCUCUCAAGAGAUUCCGUUAUCACCCCCCAACUAUGUAAGCGGAAAGGGCAGAGUAUUUGUGACUGCGUGCGCACGCAUGUCCGGUGUUGUCUGCCCUGGUCCCCUGGCGUGUCCUGUGACCCUCUCUCCAGCCAUGUGGCCAGUCACGUCCUCAGGGCCGGCCAGGACGGGGUCUGGCUCGAACCUGACACGUACCUGUCCUCUGGAGCUGCUGUGUGCACUUGUUCCCUGUUUGCAGGGGUGAGCCCCCAGCCCCAAAAACACUUAGCUUGGCCACGCCGUGGGCUGAUGGUACAUCAGGAGCCGACGCCCGUCCUUCUGGACACGACCAUGAAUGUUUAAAGGCAGUCUGUGGAAUGUUUGUAGAAUGAGCCCAGAAGCAGUUUGCUUCUCCAGAUACUGGGUUAUGUGCUUUUAUUUUAUUUUAUUUUAGAAUUUGGACACUUUAUAUGAAUGUAAUUCAGCCAAGAACCCUAUCGCUCAGAUCCGCUCCCCAGUGUCCUCUGUAUGUUUGUUGAUGUAUAUACCACACGUUACAAUCUGCAUGAGCCACCCCUCGCACCGGGACCAGCUGGAACCAAGCAUGAGACGCUGUCUAUAGACAAAGGAUUGGAGAUGUUCUCAAUAAAAGACACGGUGUUCCACCACUGCAGUGUGGCUGGGUUUUCUCUCCUUUCUAGUUCUCCCCUUGGCCCCCUCAAAGGUCUGGGGUCUGUUCCAAUGAGCAAAAUUUGGAGGGGUGCGUACU